UGACUUUCAGCCCAACGGCAAACAGUGCGCGUACAGGCGGAGAGCGGAAAUAAGCCAAGCAAGUCCAAACGUGUAUCGUCCGUUUGUAUUAAAUCGCAUAUUUUUGGCCGCGCGUCUUUAACUGCUCUUAUCCGGACCCGAUAUUACAUUUUCCCAUCCCAUGUAUUGUGUAUUAUCAGACACCCCCCCAACAACCGGACGGAGAGAGUGUAAUUACCUGACUAAUAAUCCUUGUUCAACCUGCCGAAAAUAUGCGCCACUGUUAGCAUUUUUAUGACAAUCAUAUCGCCGCCGCUCGGUACACAAACGCACACACUCACACAUAUACACCAGGAAUUUGUCACUGAUGUUUCCCAGUACCGAUUGACCAUGUGAGAAAUCCUUAUAAUCAUGUGAAAAUUGCAACGCUUGUAAUACGGAUUCUUAAUGCUCCACAAUCUAUGGCUACAUCUUCCCGGCUUUCGGUACCGGUUGACAACCGUUUUUAUAUGCAUCACGAAUCUAAUAUAAAUUAUUUAUAAAGUAUGGAAAGCUAUAUUGGGAUAUCCGGCUGCGGUACGAUGAUCCUGUGGUAUUUGGCAUCAUGUUUAUGCAUCAGGAUGACAUAUGCCGCUGCAGCGACGACGGCGGUCCAAUCUAAUCAGACCAGUCUAAUCCAAACAACACCCGCAACACAGUUGGAUAAUUUCACUCGGGAAUCAAGAGAAAUCCAAUGCUUACCGAUUAGGCAUGCCUAUGCCCAGACAACUGCCAAAGGGAUUGAUGGCUUACAAGUGCCUAGAAGAGCCAUUAAUGGUGAUCACUUGAAGUAUUGCUCACAGGAAAGCACAUGUUGUACAGAGGACACGGAAAGGAGACUGCCGGUGCUGGCGCUGGCCGACUACGAGAAACUUCUUCAGGAUCACCUCAACCGCUUUAAAACACUCCUUACUACCAGGACAGCCAAGUUUGACGACUUUUUUUCGGACCUAAUACGGACCGCUAAAAAUAACCUGCACGACAUGUUCAUCAAGACAUACGGUGACAAUUAUAAGGACAAUGCCGGUAUCUUCACCGAACUGUUCGAUGAUCUGGAGAAGUAUUACCGGGGUAACCGCGGCAACACCGUGGACCUGCAGGCCUCCAUGAACCGUUUCUUCAGCCGGUUAUUCCAGAAGAUCUUCAUCAUGCUCAAUCCCACACAGCAGUUCGACAGCCAGCAGCUGCAGUGUUUAGCCCGAAAUAUGGAGAAAAUUCGUCCGUUCGGGGAUGCCGCCGACAACCUUAGCAAGCAGGUCAAACGCAGCUUCACGGAAGCCAGGACGUUCGUACAGGCGUUGGCUAUUGCGCGGGAUACGGCCCGAACUGCCUCGGAGAUUACGCCAUCGGUGGGUAGCCACUGCUCCGUCGCACUGACCAGGAUGAUGUACUGUCCACAGUGCCGCGGACUGCAGAACCUGAAACCUUGCCAUCCAUACUGCUUAGCCGUUAUGAAGUCCUGCCUCGGACAACACAUUGAUCUCGACAACGAGUGGAACCAAUUUGUCGAUGCGCUGCUCUUAUUAGCCGACCGGCUAAGAAAUCCAUACAAUAUUGAGGCGGUGGUUGCGCCCAUUGAUGUCAAAAUAUCCGAGGCCAUCAUGAAUCUCCAAGACAAUGGGCCGAAAAUUUCCGAGCAGGUGCUGAAAGAGUGCGGUGCCAAGCGUACCCGCCGCGCUGCCCCGCCAGCCACUUAUCAACCUGACCAAAACACUCCGUUGUCAGCCAGCGUUCAUCCAGUUACCGGUCUGGUCAGUCUAGACCAUCUCAGUAAGGAACUGAAAGAGAAACUGGCUCCCACCAAGAACUUUUGGAGCAGCCUCCCCGGGCAGAUGUGCAGUGAUUACGGGAAGAGCAUUAAAACCCCGCUGCAGGAUGACUGCUGGAACGGAUUAACCAAAUCCAAGUCGAUUGCGUCAGCGGUGGAAGCGGCGGGUAACCCGGGCGCAAAGAUGACCAAGAGUCUGACGGAAGCGCCCGGCGGCACGGAGAGCGGUGUAGGAAAGGGUGGGCUGAUUAAUCAGCAGAUUCAGCAGCUGCGAGUGGCCACCAUGCGAUUGCGACAGGCGUAUAACGGCACGGAUGUGGAUGUUAUCGAACCUGUGGCCGAUUCUGACGACGAAGACCAUACCGCGGAAUCCUCCAUAACAGCUGACGUGGAAGGCAGCGGCAGCGGUGAUGGUGCAUUCGACGCGGACGGCUCCGAUUUAGAACCCGACGAGGACGACGAAGACACCGAAAUCGAAGGCUCCGGCCUGAUCGAGUCCACCGUGGCCACCAUCCGCGUCCACGGCCCGAGCGCCAUCACUCUCCCGCCGGAGAUCCCUAUCAUCAUCCCCGAGACGAUAUCAUCGGCCGCGCCUCCCCGCCCUGCCGCCCCCAUCACCAUCGAGCACGAGGUGCGUCCCCUACCCACCUCCACCACGCCAGACGAUCUCCACUUCGACACCACGACGACCACCCACCGCCCGGCCAUCAUCGUCACGACGGCCCCGCCCACCACCCGCAGACCACCGGAGCCCAAGCGGCCGCCGGUGGCCGCCGCGCCUUACUGCCAUUCCUCCGUUUUCCUGAUACUUUUAUCUGUGUUAAUAUGGCGGUUCAGUAGUUAGCUGAACGCGACCACCCCCGGGGACGCACGCAGAUUAUGUGCCGUUUAUUGCUGACCUUUUGACAUUGUGGUCCGCGCCCGCCGCCCGCCCCGAUGGCCCGAGAGAAAGAGCCGGCCGGGUGCCGACACAAUAUGUGAUCUUUCGAUGCAGUUUUUAUUAAUUUUGUCUGUUUUGAAAAUAAGUACAUGUCUCGUUCGUUGUUUUUGUGGACAUGUCGACUUCUUUUUUACGUUUUUCGUACUGUCUUUUUCUGGUUAAGUUAAUUGUUUUUUUGUUAGCUGUGCCGUUUUUUAAAAUCCAUGUUGUCAUGGGUCCAAGUUGAUAGUAUGGAGAUUUUAAAAAUUUUAAUCCUCUGCGUUCGGUUAGUACUUUUGACAGACUUGUUACUGGUGUAUUUUUAAUGGUUACCUAUGUGUAGGAAGUUCUAUAUUGUGAUUGCGUUAAUAAAAUACUGGUUUCGUUG